CCCGUGGGCGGUGGAGCCGAAGUGCUGUCAUGGCGGACCCGGCGGCUCCCGGCCGAUUGGAAAAAGGCGCUGGAAAUCUAGGGGUACAGGAGGCGACGGGUCCUGGAGGAGCCCUGGUGGAGCUCACCCCGACCCCCGGCGGCCUGGCUCUGGUGAGCCCCUACCACACCAACCGGGUCGGGGAUCCCUUAGACCUCGUGGCGCUCGCCGAGCAGGUGCAAAAGGCUGAUGAAUUCAUCCGAGCAAAUGCUACUAACAAGCUGACAGUCAUUGCUGAGCAAAUCCAACACUUGCAAGAACAAGCUAGGAAGGUACUGGAAGAUGCUCGCAGAGAUGCUGACUUGCACCACGUGGCUUGUAAUAUGGUGAAAAAACCUGGCAGCAUUUACUAUCUUUACCAGCGGGAAAGUGGCCAGCAGUACUUGUCCAUCAUUUCUCCAGAGGAAUGGGGAGCAGGCUGUCCACAUGACUUCCUUGGUGCCUACAAGCUGCAACAUGACUUGUCGUGGACUCCAUACGAAGACAUUGAGAAGCAAGAUGCUAAAAUUGGCAUGAUGGACAAGCUGCUGAACCAGCCCAUGGCCUUGCCCCCAUGCACUGAACCCACCUUCCAGGGACUAACUCAUUGAGUGUGGCUCUGAGGAACAGUGCUCAUGACAAAGGCCUGACCACCACCAACCGUCUCCUUGUCCACAUUCUCUUCCUUGUGUGUGUGGGGGGAGGCUCAUGAGGACUUUGGGUUUUGGGGUGAAUCAUGAACUCCUUGGAAGGAGAGCCUGGUGAAUGGGGUAAGGAUGGUGAAUGGAAUCGCUGAACUCCUGUGGGAUCUUCCUGAGCCCACCGAUACCCAGUCACUCGGUUUCAGAGGAUUAGGUAGUGCUUCCCUUCACCUCAGCACUGGGGAAGGAAGAACUCUCUUCCCACAACAAGCUGGUGGGUCAUUUUCCUGUCUUUUGUGUCAGGUUGGUAUUGAAGCUGUCCACGUAGGUGCUGUGCCAAUUUAAGGUUGAUUCAGGAAUUGCAGUGUUGCCUAUGGAGGAUUAAAAGAAACAGACAACUUGGCAUGGCUGGGAGAGAGUGCUGAUUCUAGAGUUUCAGUCCUCAUGGCGUCCUUCUGGUUCGCCCUUCUGCCCUUCCUGCCUAGUGAGAGUGACUGGAGACUGAGGCAGCCAUCCUAAACCUCACAGACGCUUAGGGCUGGGAGAGGUCGCAAAGGCUGCUAUUGUCUGAGCUCACUCUGAAGCCUCCUUAGGACAGCCUGAGCUCAGCACCCCGCAGGACAAACCCAUCAAAUGGCAUUUUUAAGACAGAGUGUGGAAGGCCUGGAGAGGGGUCAGCAGUUCAGGGUGCUUGCUGCUCUGCUAGAGGGCCCGAGCUCCGUUCCGAGCACCCAUGUCGGACAGCUCACAACUACCCAUUUUUUUGUUUUUUCUUUUUUUCUUCGAGAGAGGGUUUCUCAGCAACUAUGGCGCCUAUCCUGGAACUCACUCUAUAGACCAGGCUGGCCUCGAACUCAGAGUUCCUCCUGCUUCUGCCUCCUGAGUGCUGGGAUUAAAGGUAUGCACCAACACUGCCCGGCCCACCUGUAACUCUUAACUCCAGGAGAUCUCAUAACACUUGAUUUCCAUGAGCCAUACAGACACCCAGAUAUACAUAUUCAUACAUUUAAAAUCUUUUCAAAAAGAGACUGGAAGAGAGUAGAGCAGUGGGGGUGAAAACAAGAAAAACGACUCACCUGUCCACAGAUUGUGGGUUGACUGGGAUUAUUUAUUUAUAGGUUUUCUGUAGCCCAGGUUAGCCUGCAGCUGACUAGCACAGGCUAACCUUGAUCAAUGUGAUAAUCCUGCCUUAGCCUCCUUAGUGGACUGAACCAUCACACCUAACAUGUUAACACUGAUUGAAACUCAUUUUUAUUGCUUACUGAGUAAGUCAUGAACUGCAGAGGGACCGGGGAUGUAGCUUAAUGUUAGCGUGUUUACACAGCAUGCAUAAAGAGGCUCUGGUUCCAUCUCCAGUACUGCAGACAAGCAGUACCGAAUGGGGCCUUUUGUGCCUAAAACUCUUAUGAGUGGACUUUUUUGGGUUCUACCUUGUUUCCUAUUUGUUUAGCUGAGUUAGCUAAAUUUAUAAGCAGAGUGACUGCUUCUUCAUUGCCGUGUAGUCUGUUGCAAUGUAUUUUGAAGAACAUGAGGAAUAUGUGCUGGAGCCCACAGGCCCAACUUUGGGUAUACACUGCCUUGGUGUGUACGGCUUCCCUUAUGAACAGUGCACCUUGUGAGCUAGAAGUGGUCCAUGCCUAGCACAAGAAGAAGCCGAGAUCUAGCAAUGAACAUGGCCAUUCAGUUCACACAGAACUGUCUUGUGCGAGCUGUGGAGCCCCUCGCUGGGAAUCUGCAGACCUGGUAGACUUUCCUGGGGUGUUGUGGAUCCUGACUUGGGAACGUUGCCCAGCCUGGAGGAGGUUCUGACCUGGUGGUGAUGAUGGUUUUGAGUAGUGCACAGUUCGUAAGGAGGUAAGCAUUGUCACAGAGCUAGUGGUUUAAGGUGACACUCGUGGUCUCACUGUCUUCAGCCUCAGGGUUUCUUUGGUACUGCAAGGCUGUAGUCAGGUUUUUGGCUAGGGCUGGAUUCUCGGGGCCUUACUAUCUGCUUCCAAGCUCAUGUGAUUUUGGCAUAAUUUUGGUUCGUUGGAGAUUGCUGGGCUACCUGCUGAUGGAUAGGUAGAGGUCCCCCUCAGCUUCUUACCACAGGAGUCCUGCAAACAUAGGUGCACUCUGCAUCAGAAAGGAUGGAGCUCACGAGCAGAACGAAGGUUCCAGCCUGUGGAGUCGCACCACAGGAAUGACAUCUUUGCUGUAUUGUCUAGAAGUCAGUCUCUGGGCCAGCCUACAUUUAGGGGAGAGCAUUACACAGGAGCAAGGAGAUCAGGAGGCAGAGAUCAGUGUUGAGACAGGAAAAGUAACCAGUUUUGGGUAAAAGGCGAUUGUGGUUGGAUGGUGUUGAUACCACGGAUCUGGACUGCACACGGCACUGGCAGAAUAACCUCCUGGAUACAUUCCGGUUCCCUCUAUCUUUCUCAGUUCCUUUGGCGUGCAGUAUCAUGCUGAAUCACUGAAAAUGUAGAUUUCUCUCACUUUUGAUAUUUCCAACAGCCAGCUGCGCCUGGAGAAACUUCUUGUCCAAGAAGAUGUACUUCCCAUUUUGGCCACCAGGUAGUGCCAGUGCUCUUACCUGGUUAAUCUGAUUGCCUGGCUGAGGGAUGAUGAAUGGGGGAUUAGGGCCACUGAGUGUAUGCAGCAGCUACUCUCCGUCAGCCCUCAUCCCUCUGUCCUGGUGAUUUCCUAAGCACCAAGUGCCUUCUCAUUUCCAGGUUCUAGAGGAUUAUCUCAGCACAGGGCCCUGUUUCAAAGAAGCACACAGUCUGCUAAAGGAACAAGCAGAUUAGCAAUUACAACGUGGUACGAGGACUUAGUGGAGGUAUGCAUAGGCCUUGUAGAAUACAGGAAGACUUCCAGUGUAUAGGAGGCUUGUCUUUCGGGGCUUAGGGAAGGUCUUUUUUGGUGGAAUUUAUUGGAUAUGCUCUUAACCUCAUCAAGCAAAGUCAUCCUGGUCUUUACAAGGGGUGUGGUAAGACUGUCCUGGCUAGAAAACUCUAACUAAAGAGGUCAGUGCCAGGAAAAGGAAUGCAGUUGACAAAAAUAACAUGAAAGGUGUUGAUGGCAGCCUGGCCACUUUGGAAGUACAGCAGCUGAAGUGAACGCUGGCUGGGGCGAUGGGACGGGAACCAAGGUCUGUACUACUGGACUGGAAGAAGCCAGCUAGCAGCACUGGAGUGUGAGGUGCCAGCUUGUGUCAGAUGUACAGUGGAAUUAAUUCCUCUGUGUUCAUAUAUCUGGAAUUGGAGUGCUCCUAGAAGUCAGUGGCCUGUCACUUUGUUUUUUUUUUUGUUUUUUUUUGUUUUUUUUUGUUUUUUUUUUUUGCCGGGGGAGGGAAAUCUGGGCACAUAUGCAGGUACCCACAGGGGCCAGAGAUGUCAGACUUUUCUCUGCAAGAGCAGCACGCACUCACCACCCACUGAGCCAUCUCUCCAAUUCCCUGUUUGACUUUUCCCCCCUAGAGCUACAUAACAGUGGUGUGACUUAGAGUGAGCACCGCCUGAUGUGAUGAUGCAUAGCAUGUUGAAGUGCAAUAGACUGCUACCUCGUUAGCUAAUAAAAUGUGAGGACAUGCGUGAGAGGAGGAGAUCUUGGGCAGUUCUUGAAUUUCUGGCUAAAGUGUGUUGAUCCACUCAACAAAAUGUGGGAGAGAAUACGUGGGGUAUUCACCAGAGACCACUUGAACAUGGGUUUAAGCCAAUAGAAAGUCUUAAUAGCCCGCUGGUGACUACACUGGCUAUUCAGGGAUCCCAAUGUACCCUCAAGCCUUUCUCUGGGUGACUUUCAAGCACAAAAUCCAUGUCCUGGCUUGACAUCAGUUAACAAGCACAGUCAGCCAGAAGCAGAGCAACAGAAGCCAAAAUGGAAGGUUAGUGCAUUUAGAGACUUUCCCACAACUAUGGACUUUGAUGGAUUAGGUCUUUGUUUUCAUCUUGGCAGAUGGUGCUAUCUACAUGUUUUACAGCCUGAAUGAUACUUCCAUCAUGGAGUCAGUUGUGCUAACAUCUGGGGCCCUGUUACAAACAUUCUGAUAUUUUCUAGCAUAAAUAGUGAUCUGUAUUUGCUUCAAGAAUCUACCUUGCUGACUCUGUCCAGGCUCACUGGGUAGCCACUGACUGAGCGCCUCUUCACCCCAGGGGUCUGGAAGGAGGCCUUACUUGUGUAUUUACCUUCUCAAGACUUGUUCCCCAAACAUGGAUGGUACUAGCCAUGGAUGAAGAGAUGAUGCUGUCUAGGGAACUUUAGUUCUAUCAGAUGUUCCCUUUAUCUGAUUUAAUCUUCAUGUGGCCCAACACCCAGGAGGUCUGAGCAGGAGCAUUUCCAGUUCAGAACGUGGCUCCUGGCUAUUCAGAUAGCAGUGAUAAGGUCAGGGUUAAGCAAGGCUGUGUUUGCUUUGAGUCCAAUCAUAAACCACAGUCAUAGCCACCUAGGUCACGUUUACCCCAGCAGUGUUCUAGAGCUCUACAGAGGUGACAUACACAAGGAGUUUGGCCAGUGUGGGAUGUAUGCAUGUCUCUAGUACACACCUGUACUCUCAGAGCCUAGAAGGCUGAGGCAGGGGUCUGGAUGCCAGUUUCAGACUAGUUUGCACAACAAGAAGGGAACGUCUUGAAGAAGUGAAAAAAGGUGUGUGGGGAACUGGAGAGAUAGGUAAUAAAAAUACUUGUUGCAUAAACAGGACCUGAGUUUGAUUCUCAGCAUCCACAUUAAAAAAUCUGGGCAUGGGGGAUGGAGUGAUGGCUUGGUAGUUAAGCGUACUGGCUGCUAUUCCAUAGGACCCAGGUUCAGUUCCCAGCACCCACAUGGCAACUCAACAGCUGUCUGUAACUCCAGUUCCAGGGGAUCCGAUACCCUCUCAUGCAGGCAAAACACCAGUGCACAUAAAAUUGAAUUUAAAAAAUUUGGGCAUGGUCGCACAUGCUUGUAAUCUCAGUGCUGGCAGGAUGGAUU